AUGGAUUCUGAUCAUGCCACAGAUACCAAGAAGAUUCUCCAGGGUAUCGGCACCAGUUUUCCGCGGCCCAUCAUGAUCUGGCGGGUGCUGAUUGCCCUGGCCGUGGUGCUAUGGGUCUUCGUAGGAACCAUUGUCUACUUCUUGGUGGAGAACUGUCCGGAUCCUUCCAAAAAUAUUUGUGGAUGGACCUUUGGUCAAAGCUUCUACUACUCGGUACAAACUGGGCUCUCCAUUGGUUUUGGCCUGUUGUCUGAGACUAACGACAUCAGUCGUGCCUAUUCGGUGCUUCAUAUUUUGAUGGGAUCCUCAGUCAUUGCAGGUUGUUUGUCAUGGUUCGCCACGGUGACGCUGGACCGUCAUGUGAAAGCUUCUGACAAUACUGAAAGAGAGUUGGCACGCUUCGCUCAUGCAUGCCACGUGGAUGGCUACGAAGGUUUUACCGUGGUCCAAUUGAGGGACCUGCUGGCGAAAUAUCCGCAAUAUGCAGCAGACCUGGUCUACAAGUUGGAAAAGGAUCAUCAGAAGGUCACGGAAUUCACCGAGAAAUAUGUGCCAGCCAAAGACUGGGAGCGCAAGAAUAUGGCCAUCCAACUCCUACAUCGUGCGCAGUCAGAGCUAGGCUUCAUGACGGCCACCGAUCGGGCCAGCAUCGAUGACAUCCUGAAACUGCACAAGGAGAGUGGUUCCAUUUUGCGCAUUGCGAAAGCGAAAGUGCAGGAGAAUUGGAGUGCCAUCCUGACUUGGUCGGCGUGGGUCGUGUGGAUCGGCUUGGGCGCCGCAGUGUCAGCUGCUACCUGUAAAUGGAGCUGGGUUGAGGGCAUUUACUUUGCGGUGGCUGCCUGCAGCACGGCUGGAUUGCAGGCCGUGUGCGAAGCUUCAGACGAUUAUGUGGUCCUUACGGGUAUCUAUUGCCUCUUUGGAGUGCCAAUCUUCGCCUUGGCCUUGGGCCGGGUGGCAGGGAUCUUGGUUGACAAGCACAUGGAGAAACAGAAUCACUUGAAGAUGACUGAGAGGAUUACCAGUGCAGAGAUGGUCUUUGCCGAGCACAUUCUUGGGCAUCCGCCGGACGCCAAGAUUGACUCGUCCGAGUUUUUGCAGAUCCAACUGUUGCGCACUGGAAAAGUUGAUCGUGAUACGCUGGAGGAGAUCCGAAGCGACUUCGAGAGCUUGGCUGAGGGCAAAGACUUCAUCACGAGGGACGUGGCCAUGAAAGGCCACGAGCAUCGAGUCCACAAGCACAAGACACCCAACGUGGAAACCAGCAUUUGA